CCGAAGGGGGAUCUUUGAAGCCCCACUCUGCAGACUCACUGAGGUUGCAGUAAGCAGUGGGAUCUGAAGUGUGGGGAAGGCCUGCAUGGAGGUCCCGGAGAAGGACCAGCAAGCUCCCCUGAUGGGGGUGGGGGAAGGCAGGGGAGUGGCCAGGUCAGCUGCUCUGGAGCAGGCAGGCCUCAGAGCUUGCAGAAGCAGGAGCCCAAUGGUUUUCUGAGGCCGGGGGUGAUGGCAGCAGACAGGGCCCUUUGGGUAUCAUGGCUCUGUGGUGGCUGGGAUGAUGGGGUUGGUCUUGUGAUGUGUGUGUUUUGAGGAGAGCAGCUAGCUAAUACAUUGAGAAGAGCUUUCGACAGCGAGUCAGGAAAUGAAGGCCUAGUCCUGGCUCACCUUGCUGUGUGACCUUGGGCAAGUACGCUGACCUCUCUGGGCCGCAGUUUCUCCAUCUAUAAAUUGGGGUUCAGUGAGCCCUGCCCUUUCCUCAGGGCUGUACAAUGGGAAACAAUUGAAGAGGAGCACGGUGCCCUGGGGGAGAGGAUCCUUAGAAGAACCAGCGGGAGUGCAUGGAGCCGCACUUGGGGGUGCUUGUGGGGUACUGAGGGCUGCACAGCCUGGGCCCGGCUUUGCUGUGGGGAUGCCAAGAGGAAUGAAGCAGAGCUGCCCUGGGAGCUCACAUGCUGGGUCAGUGACUUGCAAACAAACCUCUUAUAGGCAAGCCUCAUUUUUAUAAACAAGGCUGCUGCUUUAGUGUUUGGCCGAGGCUACUUUCAAGUUUCAGGGGUUUUGUUUUGUUUCUUCUUUUAAGCUUUGCAAGAAAUAUCUUUAACCCAUUCCCCUACCCUUCGCUCCAGACUGAGGAUGCCCCUUCCCGACCCUCUCCGUGAGAAGCGGGUUGGAGAGAGAAGACACAUCCCGGUGCAGGACAACUGGCAAUAAAUAUGAGGAGGCCCUGCAUCUGACCUCUCAGGGUUUGCUCAGUGCCUUGUACGGCAGGCACAGGGCUUGGCGCUGGGAUUAAAGGCGGCAGCUCUGUCCUUAAGGGGCUGGUGAUUACAGCUGGAAGUGCCCAUGACCGAGUUGGCGUCUCCGGGGGGCGGGUCCCCCACGGGGGACAGGGAAGAGGGUCUGGGGGACGAGCGAGGCCUGGUCAUCCACCACCCCACCGAGGAGCAGGCGCACCGCUGUCCCCUGUGCGGCCAGACCUUCUCGCAGCAGCCCAGCCUGGUGCGGCACCAGAAGGCGCACGCCGGGGCCCGCGCGGCCGCCUUCGUGUGCCCCGAGUGCGGCAAGGCCUUCAGCGUCAAGCACAACCUGGAGGUGCACCAGCGCACCCACACCGGCGAGCGGCCCUUCCCCUGCCCCGAGUGCGGCCGCUGCUUCAGCCUCAAGCAGAACCUGCUCACGCACCGGCGCAUCCACAGCGGCGAGAAGCCGCACCAGUGCGCGCAGUGCGGCCGCCGCUUCCGCGAGCCGCGCUUCCUGCUCAACCACCAGCGCACCCACGCGCGCCUGCCCGCCCCGCACCCCCGCCGCCCCGGCGUCUUCGGGGAGCGGCGCCCCUACUUCUGCGCCCGCUGCGGCAAGAGCUUCGCGCGCGAGGGCUCGCUCAAGGCCCACCAGCGCAGCCACGGCCACGGCCUGGAGGGCGCGGCGGCCCAGUUAGGCCGCGUGCUGUGAUGCGCGCAGGGCCGGCCGCCCGCGGUGUCCUGCCCCCGAGCUGCGUCCCUGAGCCCUGGAGGUGGCCCUGGGCGGCGGAUCCCCACCUGGAUGGGAUCCCGGGAGAGGAGGGGGGCUGCCUGGGGGUCUUGGAGGAGUGGGCCGCCACCAUGCUCUGCGGCCUCCUUUGGCUCCUCUCUCAGGACCCUCGGGCUGGCUGCGCAUCCCGGCGCUGGUUUCCCUCCGCAGGCUGGCCAGGCCUACAGCACGCAGAAUGCCAGAGUGGAAAGCAACCUGGAGAGGGCCACUGUCCACAGCCCCCAGGCACAGCCGCCUGGCCCCAGCACUGUCCGGUGUCCUUGCCAAGUCAUUUCACUUCAUGCCUCAGUUUGCUCAUCUAUGCGGAGUGGGCAGAACCUCUGGGCAGUAUGCAAGGCACAUCUGGGCUCAGGAACCAGGAUGGAGACCCUGGGAACUGCACCUGGCAGAGGACAUGCGCCCUAAGACCUACCUCGGGAGGUGCCCUGCAGUGACAGCGGAGGGGACCGGUGGAGCCCAGAAUUGGAGGCAGUUCCGUUCCCUGCGAGAGACUCCCUGCACCUGUUGGGAGUCGUGGCUGGGGAAGAGCUCGUCCUGGCUGCCUGGCCACCUGUCCAUGGACCUCCACGCUCGUGUGGCAGCGGGGACCGUGCCUGUGGGGAGAGCUGGCUUCUCUGCCCGCGGGGCCUGGCCCUCCAGAGGUGGGAAGUGGCUGGCCUCCGAUGCCUCGGCACACUGGCAACAGUCCUGGCUCCAGGGGCACGACCUCCCGGUGUGAGCCACGCUGCAGGCUUCACCUGCCUUUCAGCGAAGGUUCUUACCAGACUUGGGGGCAUGGAGGCCUUGGAAAAGCUGACAGAGGCGAUGAACCGUCUCCCCAGGAACCACACAUUCCCACGUAGAUGCACGAAUCUACCAGCAACACCAGGAGCUCCUGGACUCCAGGCUGGAACCUCAACCGGGGACCCAACCCACCCCCUGCCCCUCCCUGGCCCCGAGGGUCCACCACACAGUAGCAUUCUGCCCUCCCCUGUCGGUCCUCCUUCCCUUGUUCAGGAAUAAAAAAUUCUGAGGAGGGGACCCUGUUUGUCACUCUAUUCUUUCAGGCCUAAGAAGCAGCGCAUCAGGGUCUGGAACCUCAGUCCUCCCGCAGACGUCGCUGGCUCCCCGGCCUGACUUUGCCCUUCCCCGGGUCAGGGUUGCUGGCUCUGGCUACCAGGCUGCUGGUGCAGCCCUGGGCUCCUGGCCUGGGCUCUGAGCUCACCAUAAAGGCGAUGGGAAAAGCUGGACCUUCGUGGACGCUGGGUGAAGCAGAACCCUUUGUGCAGCAGCUACGCCCCGGCCUCAGCCUCAGCCUCAGCCUCCGCCAGGCAUGGGGUGGGGAGGGCUGGGGAGGACACAGUCUCCAUCCCGGGACCAGCCGGCACCAGGCAAGGAGAGAGGCUGGCAGAGAAGCUUCUGUGUGUCCCAAGCGGCCACUAGAACAGGCCGGACUCCUGGAUCUUCACAACUGAGCAAGUGGCCUGGAGCGAGCUUACAGGCCUCCCUACAAUGAACUGCCCAUCAGAAAAGGCCUGACCCACCAGGGCUGGGUGGGUUUUUGAUGGCAGCCAGACUUCAUGAAGUUGGUUAUAUUUAGGGAAACCCUUGGGGGUAGAGAGAGGUCUUUAGUCACAGAAUUUAUCAUUAUUAUUAUUUUUAUUAAUCCUGACUGAGGAUAUUUUUUCCAUUGCUUUUCAGAGAGAGUAGAAGCAGGGGGUGGGGAGGGGGGAGAGAGAGAGA